AAUAUAGAUGGAUCAGUACUUACCGGCUUUGGUAGCGUAGCGACAGGCGGAGUUAUUCGAGGAGAUGAUGGUUGCCUCGUGCAAGCAUUUACAGCUAAUCUAGGCGAUGGAUCAAUAACGAGAGCAGAUCAGUUGACAGGGAUCGCCAUGGGCUUGCAGCGUGCUUGGGACGAGGGGAUAAGGAAGCUCGAAGUUCAAACUGACUCCAACACAACCCUCGAGCUCAUCCAGACUACAACGGCGCAACACCCGCAUUACACUAUUGUGUCACGGAUAAGAAGCCUAGUUGAGAAGGAUUGGCAGGUGACUACGAAACAUAUCUUCAAAGAAGGCAAUGCAGUAGCGGAUUUCCUUACUUCUUUAGGCCAUGAGUGUGAGUUGGGCAAGGAUGUGAUAUCACAUCCUUGUUUGAAACUAAAUUAUUAA